UUCUCGUUGAAUUUUCCAAUCUGGUGAAGCGAGGAUGUCGGGAAAAGAUCAGAAAGAGAAGCAGUCAACCACCGAACGGCUCAUUAAAACCGUGCCCCUGCCCCCGCACCAGCGCCUGACCAUGAAGGACCUGUACGUGGAUGGGAAGCCCAACGCUGAACUGCUGAAGAGCCACCUGGUCAAAGAGGGAAGGGUGGAGGAGGACGUGGCCCUACGCAUCAUCAACGACGGAGCCAACAUCCUGCGACAGGAGAAAUGCAUGCUGGAGGUGGAAGCCCCCAUCACAGUCUGUGGAGAUGUCCAUGGUCAGUUCUUCGACCUGAUGAAACUGUUUGAGGUGGGAGGUUCGCCAGACAACACACGCUAUCUCUUUCUGGGAGACUACGUAGACAGAGGCUACUUCAGUAUUGAGUGUGUCCUGUUCCUCUGGACGCUGAAGAUUAACCACCCGACCACACUCUUCCUCCUGCGUGGAAACCACGAGUGUCGACAUCUCACCGAGUACUUCACCUUCAAACAGGAGUGUAAAAUCAAGUAUUCGGAGCGUGUGUAUGAUGCGUGUAUGGAGGCGUUUGACUGUCUGCCCCUGGCAGCCCUACUCAAUCAGCAGUUCCUCUGUGUACACGGAGGACUCUCCCCAGAAAUCAACUGCCUAGAUGACAUUAGGAAAUUAGACAGGUUUAAGGAGCCUCCUGCGUUCGGGCCCAUGUGUGACCUGAUCUGGGCCGACCCGGGCGAAGACUACGGCAGUGAAAAAACAGCCGAGCACUUCAAUCACAACUCUGUUAGAGGAUGCUCCUAUUUCUUCAGUUAUCAAGCAGUAUGUGACUUUUUGACAAACAAUAAUUUGUUGUCAGUAAUACGAGCCCAUGAAGCACAAGAUGCAGGGUACAGGAUGUACAGAAAAAGCCAAACGACUGGCUUCCCCUCCCUGAUCACAAUUUUCUCCGCACCAAACUACUUAGACGUAUACAACAACAAAGCUGCUGUAUUGAAAUAUGAAAACAAUGUCAUGAACAUUAGACAGUUCAACUGUUCCCCUCACCCGUACUGGCUUCCAAACUUCAUGGAUGUCUUUACCUGGUCCCUGCCUUUCGUAGGAGAGAAAGUGACGGAAAUGCUGGUGAACGUGCUCAACAUCUGCUCAGAUGAUGAACUCAUGUCAGAGGAUGAUGUCAGUUUCGUUUUUAUAUCUUUAGGUGGAACUCCUGCAGCUAGGAAGGAGGUUAUCAGAAAUAAGAUUCGUGCCAUUGGAAAGAUGGCUCGAGUCUUCUCCAUUCUCAGGGAGGAGAGCGAGAGUGUCUUGACCCUGAAAGGUUUAACCCCGACCGGAACACUUCCUCUGGGUGUGUUGUCAGGAGGGAAACAGACCCUACAGAACGCCACCUUAGAAGCAAAGGAAGGAAAAGAAGCAAUCCAAGGCUUCUCUCCCACGCGGAAGAUCCGGAACUUCGAAGAAGCCCGUGGACUAGAUCGGAUUAAUGAGAGGAUGCCACCGCGGAAGGACGGGCAGCAGCCGGAUGGAACGACAGUCAACGCCACCAACGAGAAGAAUGGGACUGACGGGAAGGCUUAGACAACAA